UUUGCUCAGGUUGGUGGCGUGUGGCCAUCUACAUACACCUCGAGUCCCUGCAUCUCCCGUCUUCCCGGUCAGUGUGAGCCGGUGCUGCAAUUCCACUCCAGGAAGCUGCACGGCUGUUCUCGAUUGAAGAGGAAAAGCCAAAGAAAUGUGACUGAGCACGGCAGCCCUCCGUGUUCGCUAAAAUGCUGAACGAGGGGCCUGUGGUUCUCAGACCUCUUCCACGGGAAAUGCUGAGAGCGCACACUGCAACCCUCUCCCUUCGAGCUUCGGCUGGCUGAUUGCCAGAGCAUCCAGGCCAGCAAUUGAGGGACUGAGAUAUAACCGGUGGCGAAACAUUUGCACCACAUGAGACCUGCCCUGUCUCGGAAGGCUCCAGUGGCCGUGGGAAGCAGCAGAUCAGCACCAGCUGGGGCAGCUAGACUCAGAAAGGCAUCUCAUCGCAAUGUCCCAGCAGAAGUGCAUUGUGAUCUUCGCUCUGGUCUGCUGCUUUGCAGUUCUGGUCGCCCUGAUAUUCUCAGCUGUGGACAUCAUGGGAGAAGAUGAGGAUGGACUCUCAGAGAAAAAUUGCCAAAAUAAAUGUCGAAUCGCCCUUGUGGAAAACAUUCCUGAAGGCCUUAACUACUCUGAAGAUGCCCCAUUUCACUUACCGCUUUUCCAAGGCUGGAUGAACUUACUCAACAUGGCCAAAAAAUCAGUUGACAUAGUAUCUUCCCAUUGGGACCUUAACCACACCCACCCGUCAGCAUGUCAGGGUCAACGUCUCUUUGAGAAAUUGCUUCAACUGACGUCUCAAAAUAUCGAAAUCAAGCUGGUGAGCGAUGUGACUGCUGAUUCAAAGGUAUUAGAAGCCUUGAAAUUAAAGGGAGCUGAGGUGACAUACAUGAACAUGACCGCCUACAACAAAGGCCGGCUACAGUCAUCCUUCUGGAUUGUGGACAAACAACAUGUGUACAUCGGCAGCGCAGGUUUGGACUGGAGAUCCCUUGGACAGAUGAAAGAACUCGGUGUCAUCUUCUACAACUGCAGCUGCCUGGUCCUAGAUUUACAAAGGAUCUUUGCUUUAUAUAGCUCAUUAAAAUUCAAGAGCAGAGUACCUCAGACCUGGUCCAAGAGACUCUACGGAGUGUAUGACAAUGAGAAGAAGCUUCAACUCCAGUUGAAUGAAACCAAGUCACAAGCCUUUGUGUCGAAUUCUCCCAAACUCUUUUGUCCUAAAAACAGAAGCUUUGACAUUGACGCCAUCUACAGCGUGAUUGAUGAUGCCAAGCAGUAUGUGUACAUUGCUGUCACGGACUACCUGCCCAUAUCCAGUACGAGCACAAAAAGGACAUACUGGCCAGAUUUGGAUGGGAAAAUAAGAGAAGCUUUGGUGUUACGAAGCGUUAAAGUCCGGCUCCUCAUUAGCUUCUGGAAGGAGACUGACCCCCUCACAUUUAACUUCAUUUCGUCUCUUAAAGCUAUUUGCACCGAAAUAGCCAACUGCAGCUUGAAAGUUAAAUUUUUUGAUCUGGAAAGAGAAAAUGCUUGUGCAACAAAAGAACAAAAGAACCAGACCUUUCCCAAAUUAAACCGCAACAAGUACAUGGUGACAGACGGGGCAGCUUACAUUGGAAAUUUUGAUUGGGUAGGGAAUGACUUUACCCAGAAUGCUGGCACGGGCCUUGUCAUCAACCAGGCAGAUGUAAGAGACAACAGGAGCAUCAUUAAGCAACUUAAAGAUGUCUUUGAAAGAGACUGGUAUUCACCUUAUGCCAAAUCCUUACAGCCAACCAAACAGCUGAACUGCUCAAACCUGUCCAAAAUCAAGACUCCCUCCAACCAGCCUGCCACACACAAUGCCACUGGGAGGGAGCCCCUGAGUACAUAGCUCACUGGCAGACAAGCAAAGCUUCAGACGCGACGCAGGAAGGACUAAAGCAAAGACGAUUUACUACAUCUUUUUUUUAAGGAGAAAUAAAAAAGCACACUUAUUAAAAUGUUCUCUGAAUGACAUGUAAUAUCUAGCUAACAACAUCUUAGCACCAUAUAUUAAAUUUAAGACUUUCAUAUCUACGAGCUCUAACAGAGAAUGUCAUUCCAGCAUAGGAGUUAGUUUUUACUGUCUGCAUACAGAUUUUAAGACUCGGUUCUUGUCUCCUGUUUCUUACUGGUUUUAGAACCUUUUCUGCUGGCCCAGCUGCCCAGGUUUUAGUAUGAGGUAAGCCCUAUCCUUUAAUACUGCUGAACUCUGGAGUUAGAGGAAGCAGGGAGAAGACAGACAGACAGACUCAAGUUUCUGCCCUAAUAAACCAUCUCCAAGACCUCAGGCAGCUGAGCAAAGACACGCUCAUCUCAUGCCAGCCCUCAAGACUCCUGAAAAACACUCAUUUUUAUCCCUUUGUCUUCUGAUACCACAUUUUCUUUGGUAUCAGUCUGUCUUCUCACUAAAUGUUCUUGUUCAACAGCAUCCCUGUGUUCACCUCAGCACUAGUGCAAAGUGUGAGAAUAUCUUUGGAAAAGGUAUGAAUUCCCCAGAAUGCAUACAAUAUAGAAAUAACAGUCUUUCAUUUUUACCUUUCAACUGCAUUCUUUCCCCCUCCCAAAUUGGUUAUUUUAUUUUAAAAACCACAGUCAGCUCUCUCUCAAAGACAUAUACAUAUAUAUAUGCACAUAUAUAUGUAUGUAUACACACCUUCCUCAAGCUCAGAAAAAUGAAGCGCCCUUGCUUAAUAGUCAGCAAGCCAUUAAGUCUGCAUUUGAAGAACAAAGCCGUUUCAUAUUUGUGUUUGGUUGACAGUAUUAUAAAGGAAAGGUCUCUAUGCGUCGGUGGAUUUUAAUUUAUUUAGAAUUAUUAUGCUGUUAAGAGUAUGCCAGCAAAUGUUUAUAGAGCUAUUUAAUAUACUUCUGCUAUUUAAUAUACCAAAUGCUUUUCAGACAAAUGCAAUUUAAAUACUGUGCUUAACAUAUUUUACUAAGAAACAGAAAUAUUGGAUUAUUGUUCUAUAAUGUCAUUGUGUAUUGUUGUUUUAUAUAUCUACAAUAUAUGAUCCUGUAUUAAUGGAGACUGUUGCUACAUGAGAGAGGUGUGACCUCUUUAGAGCCCAGAGCAAAUGGCCAAGAUGCUCAUGCUCACUAUGGCUCCUGACACCAAGUUCAGAACAGAGUCCUUCACUCUUUGGCCUUGGGUUUCUAUAGUUAACGUAGAGACAAUAAUACUCACCUACCUCGAAAGGAUGCUGUCAUGGUAGGCGAUAUUUAUAAGUUGUUUUUUGAAAUCAAAAAAAACUAUAUAAAUGCUAAGCAUUACACUGCAUAAUCUUUUUCUUGAAAUAAUUUCUGUGGUAUCCUGAUAGAACCAACACCAGGUUCUCCCCAAGAAUCCAGAGGGGAAAUUCUCUAUGUGCAAACACAGGUGACAAGAACAGGGGUUGGGACAUGCAUGGGUAAGGUUGGUCCUGGUGACAGUCUGGAUUGUGAACAUUUGAAUGGAACAUUAUGCCCGGUCAUCAUGACAUAAAUAAUAAUUCACACAGACACUGUGCUGUAAUGGACCUUUAGGAUCAGGGUGUACAUGUGUCUUUAGAGCGAGGAUAAGCAAUCUCUUUUGUUUACUUUCAUCUUUUGAGAUUUGGUUUUAAUUAUGCCAAAAAGAGUUCCUUGCUCGGGCUCACCGAAUGCAGAAUGGUUGUUCCAGUCCUACUGACCGCCCUAGUUCAUUUCCUGUUAUUUCUGUCUCAUGCCUCACUGAGUGUUUAAACCAGUCAAGAGAUCUGGGGGAAUAACCAGGCAUGGUGAUGCACACCUUUAAUACCCCUUUCAGGAGACAAAGGCAGGAAGAUCUUGGGAGGUCACAUAGAGAGUCCUAGGACAGCUAGGGACACACAGACAGACCCUGUCUCAAAAAACAAAACAAGAACAGUGAAAGAGACACACAGAGAGAGUCAGAGGCAUAGCACACCAUGAGAGAGCUCUGCUUUAAGAGUAUUGGGUUUUAUGGACUGAUUUGAAGACUCUCAAAAAUACUUUUCAUUAAUAAUGGCCAGCCAUAAGACUCUUAAGUAGUUACCAUAUACUCCAUCCUUGAAUUGGAAAUCAUCCUGGCAGGUCCAAGUAAAAGCAGCUUUGGGGACGGUUUUCAGAGGAAGGAAAGCAGUGAAUAGCGGUGGAGACAAAGAGGUAUUGUGACUCUUGAGCAGACAAAAGGAACUGGGUUGAUCCAAAGGGGAAUACAAGGGAAACCUAAAAGGUCACCUCCUUUUUGGCUUCGUCGUCUCCCAGAUGACUUGUCAACAGUCAUGAGACAAAUGUAGGCUUGGUAGAAUGGGCCCUUCCCCUGUAGCUGGCUUUGGUACUAUGCAGUAGGAAAAGAGAACGUUAUCAUUUAUGAAAUGACCGUCACUGCCACUUGUUCGAAAACCCAUCAGCAUAGCAGCCCUGAGCAUGAUGUCACAGGUUGUCUGCUACACACCAGCAUCAGUAGAGCCCUGCCUGAGCCAGAAACCCAAGCACAGUGCCACCACAGCUGAGCACCUCACCCCACCAUGCAACACUCUCCACCUGCAGCCCCCAGGAAAAGGAGUCCUGUGCAGAGUGUCCCAUGCCGUCUGUCUUCUGAGAGAACAUUGAAUUCAGGAGACUGUUCUCUUUCAUCAGGAUACUCCCUGUCCAGGGGGCUCUUUUCUUUUAUGCUUUGAGACUCUUCUGGGUAGAUAAUGAACUUCCAGCCUUCCCAUUCCAAGUAGCUUAGGAGUUAUUUCUCAAGAGGGAAGACCAUAAAACAAAAACUUAUAAUUUGGGGAAAUACCUUGCUAGAAAAUAAGAAGAUGGUGACUACUAUCCUCCACAUUUCCUCCAGGAAUAUUCUGGGUGGUGUUCUCCAAAAGAAUGGAGACCAAACACAAUCUGAGAUACAUUUUACAUUUCUCCAUUACUAACACUAACAUAGUGCCUUAUUUAUCCUCAAACAUUGGUUUUCAGAAUUCCACAGUGACCCACCAUACGGGCCAUAAUCUGGAGUCCAGUACAGCCUCAGAAAGACCAACUAGUUGAAAGCAGGCAUAUGGGAUCCAUAGUUUCUAUGCAUCAUUCUUCUUUCCCAAGACACAUAGAAUGUAUCACCCUCAAGUCAGUCACUAUCACACAUUUUCCUGUGCCUGUCCUGUUGGCUUUCACUGAACCAUCACGGGCCACUCACAUAUUAAAUCACGGAGCUAGCAGACCACAGGAAAGGAAGCAGAAUAUGGAGGGAGGUUGUAUCUGCACUCUACAAAACCAUGCUUUGUGGACCUGGAAUGACAGAACUGAGACAUCCUGUAAGCAACCCUGUGCCACUCCCGGCCCCUACCUCCCACCCCCGCCCCACUAAUUUAAGGAGCUUGUAAGAGAUGCUGCCAAGCCGGGCGGUGGUGGCUGGUGGCACACGGCUUUAAUCCCAGCACUCG